AUGGGCUACUCAAGUUUUUUCUUUACUUCCUUUUUUCUUCUUCUUGCUGUGGUGACCAAGGAAGAACCUCUAGUUCCUGCAUUGUUCAUCUUUGGAGACUCUAUUGUUGAUGUUGGCAAUGGCAACAAUCUACCUUCUAUUGCCAAAGCAAACUUCCUUCCCUACGGAAGAGACUUUGUCACUCACACUCCAACUGGAAGAUUCUCCAAUGGAAAACUUACCAUAGACUUUGCAUCUGAAAUUGUUGGAUUUGCCUCUUACCAACCGGCUUACCUCAACUUAAAAGUCAAAGGAAAAAACCUCUUGAAUGGUGCCAACUUUGCAUCAUAUGGUACUGGUUACCACCAGUCUACAGCCACAUUAUACCGUACACUUUCAUUAAACCAACAAUUGAUAUACUACUCAGAUUGUCAAAAGGAAUUGGUGAAAGCAGUUGGGCAAUCAAGUGCAUCAUCAAUUAUAGCUGAUGCAGUAUAUGUUGUUGUCGCUGGGACCGGUGAUUUUGCACAAAAUUAUUACCUAAAUCCAUUUCUCAACAAAGUCUUUACGCAUGAUCAAUUCUCAAACAUUAUUAUACAAUGCUAUUCCAAUUUCAUCCAGAAAUUAUAUGCACUAGGAGCAAGGAAGAUUGCUGUAUCAACAUUACCUCCGAUAGGUUGCUUGCCUUUUAUCAUCACCCUAUUUUCCCCUCACAGCAACAAAUGUGUGGAAAUGCUAAACAAUGUCGCUAUUGACUACAAUAUAAAGCUCAACUCGACUUCUGAGAAACUGCUAAAAAUGCUUCCUAAUCUCAAUUUGGUUAUCCUUGAUAUCUAUGAACCAUUAUAUAAACUUAUCACCAAGCCUACUGAUUAUGGAUUUUUUGAAUCAAGGAAGGCUUGUUGUGCAACAGGCUUGAUAGAGAUUGCUAUAUUCUGCAAUCAAAAGUCCAUAGGAACAUGUGCUAAUGCGUCUGAAUAUGUAUUUUGGGAUGGUUACCACACUUCACAAGCUGCAAACAAGUUUUUAUUUGAUCAUGUGAUUCCUAUUUUCAGCUCCCUUAUAAAUACUAAUCGAACACUUCUCUAGUCAUACUCAGAUUUGGUAUCUUAAAAUGAUGGUAGCUAGCAGCACUUGUUGUAUGAACCUGGUUUCUGUAAAAGAUAAUAAAAGAAGCUGCAACUAGCUAGUAGCAUUGAAAUAAUCGUGCGUUUGUAUUUGCACACCACAUUACCAAACAUAUGCUAUAUUUCUCUAAACUUUAUGUAUUUGUAUGCUUCACUACUAUUUCAUGCAUU